GCCACCACCUCCAUCUUUCUAGCUCACUCUGGAACGCUUCUUCUGUUACUCACAGCCUCCGCGUAAAAGUUAAAUUCGAUGAAUAUAUACCCAAAUUUCAAAAACCCAACCACACUUUUCAAACAUGGAUGAUACCAUACUUACCUCUGCUAAAUCUUCUACGCCCUCGCUCAACUCUACUCGGAUAAUCUGCCACGUAUGUCAGAAGCAGUUUUCCCAGUACACAUGUCCUCGAUGCAAUUCGCGAUACUGUUCCCUCCAAUGUUACAAAUCUCAUAGUCUUCGUUGCACUGAAUCCUUCAUGAAAGAAAAUGUAGUUCAGGAACUGCAGCAAAUGCAGCCUGAUGAACAAGCCAAAAAUAAGAUGUUGGACAUACUGAAAAGAUUUCAUUCAGAAGAGGAAAUGGACGAGGAUUCUUCUGCAGAUUCAACUUUAUCCGAGGAGACAAUGGAAAAAUUUUUGUCUGGACAAGAAAUCAGCUUUGAUGAUUUAUCUAUUGAAGAGAAGAAACAAUUUCAUAGAGCAAUUGCUUAUGGGGAAUUGACCAAGAUGAUCAAACCAUGGGAUCCAUGGUGGUCAAAGCCUUCUGCCAGAAAAAUCCGUCUCAGUAAAGAAGGAACUCAACUUGUUCAACCUCUUCAAGAGCAAGAAUCGCAAGAUGGUACCGAAACUGAUGAAUUCAGUGAAGUUCCUCUUGGACCUGAAGCCCCACUUCCUCCUCUUAGCAGGCUUAGUUCCAAGGAGCCAUCACCCCUUUUAACAGUUCACCUAGUUGAUAUUCUAUAUAGCUACUGUUUCACUCUUCGCCUCUACAAUGGAGACUGGAGGUCAGAUGCUCUAGGGUCAGUCAUGAUUGUAUUGAGCGUGUCCUCGGUGUUGGGUCAAGGUGCACAGCCUGAGACGGUACUAGAAGCCCUUUCUCACUGCUUGGAGCAGGUAUGCUGUCCAGCUUACAGACACAUGGGAGGAUUGCAAUUUGGUUUGGGUGUCAUUGAUGAUGUGAUCAGUCUGCUUGGUUUGGGAACUCCUGCUUUGGUAUGUGCCCUUUGUGAUAUGCAUCGGUUAAUUCAAGAAGGAGAAAAGGAGGCCAAAUCCGAAAGGUCAAGAAAGUCACGGAGGGGUGGGAUUAGAAGUACUAUUAAGCCAGCAGAAAGGAAGAUAUAUUUCAUCAUGUGUUGGGUUCAUGAGCAGCCAGAUGAAGCCUGGUCUUCUUUAGCAGCCAUUGUUGGAGUAGAAAAGACAUCGGCCAUGGAAUUUCAAAGGAGCAAUAAAGCUGAAAAAAUGAACAAGGCAGAGGGCAAAGGCAAAAGUUUAAUUGAGGAGAUUUAAUGAUUUAUGUAGACUACUGCCCCUUACUGUUGACCAUAUUUAUUUAUCUUAAAAUAUUUGCUGACCAAAAAUGAUUGUUCUCAAAGCUGUUGUAAAUAUACUUUUACAUAUAGAAAUCCUUAUUGAAGGGAUAUUCAAUCUGGGUAGUAGACCUGAGAAAAUAUUAGACUAGGAGGGGUCCUGAGAAAGUUAAGUUCAAACUAGUUGAAUUGAUAAUCUAUUUACAUUUAAUGAAAUUUCAUAACGUAAUUAUUUACAU